AUGAGCUCUUCGAAGGGAGAUGAAGAGAUCAAUUCUAAUAAUGAGGAAAUGCUAGGAAUUGACAAACUUAGUGUGGAUUAUGAUUACUUGUUGUACAAGAUCAAUGAUUAUGUCAAUUCUAUCCAGAUACAGACAAAAGAGGUUUGUCAAAGGCAAAAUGAAUUGAUCUCACAGAAUGUUGUAGAAGAUAUAGUGGAUGUAAAUAUACAAAGUUUUAAAGAUAUACUAAGUAAAUGUGAAGAAUUAGAGAAUUAUUUCACUAUGCUGGAUCAAAUCGAAAUGAUAUCUGAUACUUUCCAUGGCAGAAUAGACGACGUUCUAAAGGAAUACAGAAAAUUAAAUGGUAAUUAA